AUGUCCGUUCUCUACCCCAGCCUGGGCAUGCCGAACCAGGCUAAUGAGCCGAGGCAUAAAGCACUUGCAGAGGCUUUGACGCAGCUUGGCAUCUCGAAUGUCUACCACAUGCGCGAAGUGGGCAAGAACAAACACCAGGACUUGUGGAUACAAGCCCUCGAGGACAAUCUUGAAGGGAAAGGGCCCGCGUGGGGACGAGAGGACUUCGAGAACAUUCUAGCCGGAUUCGAGGGGGUUGCCGAUUUCCCAGCGGCCAUCUUUUCCGAGCAGCUGGUAAAGGCGUAUCCAGAGGCGGCCAUCAUCCUCUCGACCAGACCCGAAGAUGGCUGGUACGCUCUCAUGAUGUCGACCCUGGUCCACUAUCAUACAAACAUGCCGGCAGAUAGCACGUCGCCCAUGGCACCGUUGGCCACCAAGUAUCACUCCCUGUGCUGGGGCAAUGACUUUGCGACCAACGGCCGGGGCUAUUUCAGAACACACAACGACAAGCCCCAGCCUCAGCCUUAA